GAGGACUCAUGCCUCCCAGACGCGAGGAGCAGGAAGGCGACCAGGAGUCUGGUGACGCUGCCUUCGACGUCUCUCCCGAGGUGCUCAGACAGUUGAUGGCCAGCGGCAACAGCCAGCUGGUUGAAGCGCUGCAGGUGAUACCCGCGCCGCCUGGGCUGCUGCGGGGCUGCCACUGCCACUGCCCGCCGCCCGCCACCUGCCUUCUGUCGCCCUCGGCUGCCUUAGUUUGCCAGCCACUUGUGCUGCACCAGCCCCCUCCACUCCUCCCGGAUAACCAAUCCGCAUUUCGACUGGGCGGCCCAGCCUGUUGCAGUUUAAUGGUUUGGCCCUGCCGCCGCACGCCGCCGCUCCAGCCGCCCCUUGUCCUCCCCAUUCCCCGCCCCGCGCAGCGAUCCCUGAACAAGAUGGUGGGCCAGUCGUCUGGGUACGUGGAGAGCCUGCCGGCUCCUGUGCGCACCCGCAUCGAAUACCUGGCUGAGCUGGACGGGGAGCGGGCCGAGCUGUACGAGCGGUACAGGGAGGAGCGGCGUGCUCUGGAGGAGAAGUACGAUCGGCUGUACGCCCCGCUGUACGACAAGCGCGCCGAGGUGGUCAACGGCAAGGCAGAGGCGCCUGAGAACGAGACAGCUGAGGGCAAGGCGGCGGCGGCUGCGGAGCCCGACGAGGUGCCCGCGGGCGUGCCGGACUUUUGGAUGAUUGCGCUGCGCAAUGCGAUGGAGGAGGAGACGAUCAACGACAAGGACGCCGAGGUGCUGUCGUACUGCACAGACGUGCGCUGCGAGCAGUUCCACAGCGAGGGGGAGGAGGAGGGCGACGAGGGCUUCCGCCUCGUGUUCAGCUUCCGGGACAACCCCUACUUCACCAACAAUCAGCUGACCAAGACGUACCACCUGAGCGAGGAGGACGACAUGAUGCUGCGCAAGAUUGAGACCUCUGGCGUGCACUGGAAGGCGGGCAAGGAUGUGACCGUCAAGGUGCUCAAGAAGAAGGCCAAGCCCGGGGCCAAGGGCAAGCCGCAGACCAAGACCGAGUCUGUGGAGUCGUUCUUCCGCUGGUUCACCGAGGUACCAGAGAUCCCGGAUGAGGAGGAGGAGGAGGAUUUCACGCAGGAGGAGAUGGAGGCGCUCGAGGAGGCCAUGCAGAGCGACUUUGAGAUUGCGGAGAUGAUCAAGGAGAAGGUCAUCCCGGAGGCAACCAGCUGGUUCACUGGGGAGGCGCUGCAGGAGUAUGAGGAUGAGGAGGAGGACGAGGAUGAGGAGGAUGAGGAGGAGGAGGACGACGAGGAUGGAGAUGAGGGCCAUGAGGAGGAGGAGGAGGACUCUGAGGACGAGAGCGAUGCCAAGCGCUUGCCGCCGGCAGCAGCAGACGCAAAGGAGCAGCCGCAGGAGUGCAAGCAGCAGUGAGGUGCCGGCGCGGCUUGCGGCGUGGCAGCCCCGCCUGCGGGACUGGCUGUCAACGGUUGCCACCACUUGUUUACUCGUAGACCCUAGCAGUCCCUUAGCGCCCGAAUGUUCUUUGUUGCAGCGGUGUAAAGCUUCCGCAGGC